AUGCCUUUCUUCAGUCGAGUCUUUCGGAGCAAGGACUCCAAUGCCGUCAAGAAGCAGUCGAAACCUACCGCUGCCGACCCCGUCCCCACAAAGCCCAGAUGGAAGGAUGCCUGGCAGCGCACCGAGGUUGGCCCCGAGGAGGUGCAAGACCUCAUCAGAGGCUCUCUCGAUACCCCGUUCCUCCUCCUGCCAUUCCGCCCGAGCUCAGAUCCCAGCGCCGCCCGUACCUUUGUCCGGAAUUAUUUCAACCAGUGCUUCGAUAAGGGUGCCCCUGUCAGCGGAGAUGAGUUUAUGCAGGAGCUGCGGCUCACUGAGCCGAUGGUUCUCUGUGGUGUCUUGAAAUGGUGUUGGAGCAGGUUGUCUGGAGGUGUUGUGACAUGGGAGGCGUACGAACUGUUCAAGGUUGGCGAACAAGAUUCGGAUCUGGCCCGCGACGCCUUCUCAACCUUCAUCCCAAUUAGCGUCGACUCGGACGCCCGUACCAAGAUUAUCUUCGAUUUCUUCGAUCUCUUAGCCGCCAUUGCAGCGCACGGCAAGUCUAAUGGUCUGGGAGGUCGCAAGCUUUCACGGUACGCCGGGUGGUGGGCCUUUGAACAUGUUGACACCGGCAAAGGCUUCGAAGCUGCCUAUAAGAACUGGGCUGCUGCCGCCGAUGCUACGAGCCAUUUGUUCUUCGCCUAUCUGCGUUCUAUCUCGCCUGAUAUGCCCCGUGGCAUCAGUGGUAUCUCGUCUCUGCCCAUUUCCUUGCAAGGCCUUGUGCAGGCCACCGAAUAUCCCCCGGAAACGCCAACUCUGCUUCAGGUUACGACCACCAAAGUAGUCAUGAUUGUUGAAACGGUUUCGCCUACUCCCUUCUCCCUGCUGCGCAGGGCGAAGAACUUUGAGUAUCGCGAUGAACACUGGCACCUACAAGAAUUCUCCAACUAUGAAGAUCCCGUUCGCGCACUGACUGAUGAAUGUCUACGGGUGUUGAAGUGCAUUGCCUCCACGAACGAGUCCACCGUGUCGACCUCGAAGCAUUCCACCAGCUUGCGAGAUGCCUCGUGGUCCCGUUUUGAGGAUAUCGGAUUCGGUGGUUCAAUUGAGUCAGACGAGGAUGAGGAGAAUAGGACACCCGCCAAGAGUGAGAUCUCAGCCAGAAUCAAGACUGCUCCUCAAUCACAGACUGGGGACCUGGGUCGUCCCACGACUCCAUCCUGGGCGGAUUUCAUGUCUUCAGGCUUCUCAGAUGAAGGUAACAGCUCGGUUGGGCCCUUGCUGUUGCCCCCGGACAAGGUUCUCCCGCCUAUUGCUGCCGCUCGCGGCCAGAGCUCGCAGUCGCAUAAGCGUUCACUGCAAACUGAGCCGUCAUUGGAACCUGCCGAGCUGGCCAGUAUCAGUACCCUGGACAUGGACGACUCGUUCUGGUGGGUAUGGAUUACUAGUUUGUCUGGCGAUGAGCCUCUUGCCCGCAAGGCCGUCUUCGGUCGUGUCGCACUUCUUGAAACAAUCAUUCGGCAAACAAAAUGGCUGGUCCUUGAGGAGCAAAUCAAGGGUGCCGCGCCGGAGCCUGAGGCUGGUGCCCAAAUUGUUGAGAAGAAGAGUUUCUUCAGCUUUGGAAGUCGCAAGGGAACAAAGCUGAGCCGCAGCAAGUCUUCGGCCAGGAGGGUGUCGCCUAUUGAAGAGUCUUACAAGCGAUCCAACAACCAAGCGCCACAGAGCAAGACCAGCAUUGGCCCUGAUCAGCACAAACGGAUCCAGGCCGCCGCUGCUGCUCUUCAGAAGAAGCAUCGCGAGCAAGAAGAAGAGGCCAAGGAGGCGGGGACGAAUGGCCGUAGCGACGCUUAUUCUACUAAGACUAACUCGGUCAUGACCCUCCAGCCGGGCAUUGUGAACGAAGCGUCUUCGGCUAUGAAAUGGGCGAGCAAUUACGACAAGAAUACCUACCGGACUGCCUACCUGAGCGACAGCCGGGCGGGCAUCGGUGCUGCCAAUGAUGACAAGAAGCCGGCUGAGCCUGCCACGGAACCUGCAGGUGAGAAGUCUCCCUUGUCUGUCCCCCUUCCAACCACCAGUUCCAAGAGCGGACCUCCUCCGCCCCCUCCCAAGGACACUGCCAUGGCAACCCCGCUUCCACCUUCGCCUGAGCCGGUGAAGAAGAAGCUAGUGAAGGAGACGUCUCCGGAGACCAACAGAAAGGACUCCAAAACUGUGGUGAUCGAGCAGACACCCGAAGUGAUUCCUCAAUCGCCCGAUGAUUCAAAGAAACUGAAGAAGAAGACCGGCAACACUGGAUUCAAGAACAUGUUUGGAACGAAUAAGAAGAAGAACGAGCAGCCCCCGAUGAAGAGCACUGGUGCUAAGGAGAUCUCCUCUGUGGCCGCUGCGCGCGCCGCCCUGGAGGCUAAAGCCAAGGAAUCCCAGGAGUCGCCUUCGCUCAAGGCCUCCCCGGUAGUGAAGAAGAAGCCUGUCCCGGUAACGCCUGCUGCCGCAACCUCUGCACCUGCUCCGGUUCCAAUCCUGAUGGAAGAGUCUGCUCCAGUGGCCAGCUCUCCAGAAAGCCGUGGUCCUCCUCAGACCCGGCGUGGUGUUGAGUACGAUGCUCUGUCUCGUGUCGACACCAACGAGCGCAACGCAGCCGACCAGGAGUUCUCCAAGUUUGACCAGGGACCCUUGGUUGACCAGCCCGCAUUCGUCCCUGAAGAUUCUCCCAAGCCCCCUGCUGCCCCUGCUGUCCCUGCUGCUCCUGCUGUUACCACUGGUGAGGUGGAAUCACCCAAGAUCCCGGCCAACGGGCACGAGCAAAAGUCCGCGCUUCUCAGCCAAGAGAAUGCCCUUGCCGAGGAGAACGACCGGUGGGCCCAGAUCCGUAAGAACGCCGCCGAGCGUGCUGCUGCUGCUGCUGCAAGUGAGGAGCCCGAGACUUGCACCAGCCAGUCCGAGCGGACCGAUGAGGGAGACACCAGCGGCGAAGAGACCAUCGAGUCGCGUGUCGCCCGCAUCAAGGCCCGAGUCGCCGAGCUAACUGGUAACAUGGAGGGCCAUUAA